UCAUAAUUUACUAAACUGAACUUUCACAUGGAGCAUUAAUUAGAAGCUUUAGUGUUUGUGAACGCAAUUCCAUGAAAUUUAUACUAAACUAAGCUUUCACAUGGAGCCUCCAAUUAUUUUUCGAAUUUUGCUAAAAAUUUAUUGUAUGUAGUUUUAUCUAAGACGAGAUACAGGCGUGCUUGUUGCAUUUGUGAUUACUCAGUGAAAUAGACCCGUUUUUACAGCAAGAAGAAUGAUUGAUGAUCGCAGAGGCAGCAUGGAUCAUAACAGCAUUGAAGUGAGCCUCCUCACUCCUAAAGCAGAGGAAAAAGCAGGUGAUUUGAAAACAAGAAUCUGCGAAGAAUCAAAGAAAAUAUGGAGGGUUGCGACGCCAAGUGUGAUCGCAAAAGUGAGCUCAUUCGGCACCCUCGUCGUCACACAGUCCUUCGUGGGCCACAUCAGCGCGGUCGAUCUCGCCGGCUACGCUCUUGUCCAAACGCUAAGCGUGCGAUUCGUCAACGGCAUACUGAUUGGGAUGUCGAGCGCGACGCAGACUCUCUGUGGGCAGGCAUUUGGGGCCAAGCAGUAUGAGAUGAUGGGAAUCCACCUGCAACGCUCCUGGCUCAUUGAUCUCAUCACUCUAACUCUUCUCAUCCCCGUUUUCUUAUUCGGGGCGUCCAUCUUCAAGCUGCUCGGACAAGAGCAAGGAAUCGUGGAAUCUGCUGCUUAUAUCUCUCUGUGGUUCAUCCCUUUCGUCUAUGCACUCGUCUUUAGUCUUACCAUACAGAUGUAUUUGCAAGCGCAGCAGAAGAAUAUGAUCAUCGCGUGGCUCUCGGCUCUGCAGUUUGCGAUCCACAUUGUGUGCUCUUGGCUGUUUGUGUAUGUUGCGGAUUUUGGAGUGGCGGGGGCCAUGGCGGCGUUGUGCAUAUCUUCGUGGUUUGUUGUUUUGGGGGAAUUUGUGUAUGUUUUUGGAGGUUGGUGUCCGGAGGCGUGGAGAGGAUUUAGUGUGGCUGCUGUGAAGGAUUUAUGGCCACUUGUGAAGCUCUCACUAUCAUCUGGUGUAAUGAUAUGUCUGGAGCUGUGGUACUACGCGAUUCUGGUGUUGCUUGCUGGCUACAUGAAAGAUGCACAAGUUGCAAUAAAUGCCUUCUCCAUUAGCCUCAAUGUAGUUUCUUGGAUGGUGAUGAUCAUUUUUGGCAUUAUGGGCGGUGCAUGCGUUCGCGUUGCAAAUGAGCUGGGGAGAGGAGAUGCCGGAGCUGUGAGAUUCUCCAUCAAAGUGGUAGUGGGCAGCUCAGCUUCAAUAGGGUUGUUCUUCUGGAUCAUCUGCUUCUUCUUCAGCGCCAAUAUCGGGUAUCUCUUCACGGAUGAUGAGGCUGUCAUACACACAAUCUCCCAGCUUUCAACUCUUCUUGCAUUCACAGCCUUGCUUGCUAGCAUUUACCCGAUCCUCUCGGGUGUGGCUGUGGGAUCAGGUCUGCAGACGAAGGUGGCAGUCAUCAAUUUGGUUUGCUUCUACGCGAUUGGAUUGCCGAUUGGAGUUGUUCUUGGAUAUGUGCUUCAUCUUCAAGUAGAGGGGAUGUGGCUGGGGCUGACCUUUGGAGCUUUAAGUGAGACUUGUGCAAUGAGCUUCUUGGUUUGGAGGACAGAUUGGGAUAACGAGGUAUUGAAGGCUUCAGGACGUGUAAAGAGAUGGAGCUUGGAAUAGUUUGAUGAGUUAUUCAAGAACAUGUGCUGUGUUUGUAUCUUCAAAGUGUGGAAUUGUAUGAAAUCAGUGUGUAUUUUUUUGAAUAAUCUUUGCCAUAUCAGUAAAUACCACGUGCAACGUAACGUCAGUUAUGAGUUCUAUUAAAAUGAUUUGUAGUUGCUGCUCAUCGACAAGAUUUAUAGAUUGUUCUAAUUAGGA